GUCGGGGAAAAGCAGAGCUCGCGACGUUACGUAGACGCCAUUUUGUUUCACCGGGAGUAAAGAAACCAACCUGGAAAGCACCGGCGUGGAUAUUUUCCCUCAUUUAGAGCACUUUCAUCACGGCGGAUCAGCAUCGUGCACCCAAGUUUAGUCUCGCAUGAUGUCUGGAGACAUGGCCACAGAUCAUGUAAACGGGAAUGGUACGGAAGAACCAAUGGACACUACAGCUGCGGUGACCCACUCAGAACAUUUCCAGGCUUUACUGGAAGCUGGUUUACCUCAGAAAGUUGCUGAGAAGCUCGAUGAACUUUAUGUAGCAGGACUGGUAGCACAUAGUGACCUAGAUGAAAGGGCAAUUGAAGCUUUGAAAGAAUUUAAUGAGGAGGGAGCUCUGCAAGUGCUGGUCCAGUUCAAAGAGAGUGAUCUGUCACACGUGCAAAACAAAAGUGCCUUUCUCUGUGGGGUAAUGAAGACUUACAGACAGAGAGAGAAACAAGGGACUAAAGUGUCAGAUUCCACUAAAGGACCAGAUGAGGCUAAAAUCAAAGAACUCCUGGAUAGAACCAACUACACACUUGACGUAACAACAGGCCAGCGAAAGUAUGGCGGGCCACCACCUGAGUCUGUGUACUCAGGUGCCCAACCUACUGUUGGAACAGAGAUAUUUGUUGGGAAGAUUCCCCGUGACUUGUUUGAAGAUGAGCUGGUUCCUCUCUUUGAGAAGGCUGGGCCUAUCUGGGACCUCAGGCUAAUGAUGGACCCACUGAGUGGUCUGAACAGGGGCUACGCCUUCGUCACGUUCUGCACUAAAGAAGCGGCACAGGAGGCGGUGAAGCUGUGUAAUAAUCAUGAGAUUCGCCCUGGCAAGCACAUUGGGGUGUGUAUAUCUGUUGCCAACAACAGGUUAUUUGUUGGCUCCAUUCCCAAGAGUAAAACAAAGGAGCAGAUUGUUGAAGAAUUUUCUAAAGUUACAGAGGGCCUCAGUGAUGUCAUACUGUACCAUCAACCUGAUGACAAGAAGAAGAACCGAGGUUUCUGCUUCUUGGAGUAUGAAGACCACAAAACAGCUGCUCAGGCACGCCGCCGGCUAAUGAGUGGCAAGGUCAAGGUUUGGGGCAACGUGGUGACAGUGGAGUGGGCUGAUCCCAUCGAAGACCCUGACCCAGAAGUCAUGGCCAAGGUCAAGGUUUUAUUUGUGAGAAAUCUUGCUAAUGGUGUUACAGAAGAAAUCCUGGAAAAGUCCUUCAGUCAGUUUGGAAAUUUGGAGCGAGUUAAGAAGCUGAAAGACUAUGCCUUCAUUCAUUUUGAGGAGAGGGAUGGUGCAGUGAAGGCAUUGGAAGAAAUGAAUGGAAAGGAGCUGGAGGGAGAGCCCAUUGAGAUUGUUUUCGCUAAGCCACCAGAUCAGAAAAGGAAGGAGCGAAAGGCCCAGAGACAAGCUGCCAAAACACAAAUGUAUGAUGACUAUUACUACUACCCUCCCCCUCCCCACAUGCCUCCUCCUGUCAGAGGCCGGGGUAGAGGUGGCAACCGGGGCGGCUACGCUUACCCCCCUGACUACUACGGUUAUGAGGACUACUAUGACUACUACGGCUAUGACUAUCACAACUACCGCGGUGGCUACGAUGACCCGUAUUACGGGUAUGACGACUUCCAGGCCCCAGGCCGAGGGCGGGGCGGUAACAGGGGCGCCCGGGGCGGAGCCUCACCGGCCAGAGGACGUGGCGGCGCUGGGGCACCCAGAGGCAGGGCCAACUUCUCCCAGCGUGGUGGGCCCGGACCAGGCCGCGGCGGGCGGGGCGCAAGAGGAGGCGUGCAGCCAAGAGGGCGAGGAGGGGUACGUGGUGCGCGGGGUGGCCGCGGUGGAAAUGUAGGAGGAAAGCGCAAAGCUGAUGGGUACAACCAGCCAGAUUCCAAGCGUCGCCAGACCAAUAAUCAGAACUGGGGCUCUCAACCCAUUGCUCAGCAACCACUCCAAGGUGGUGAUCAUUCUGCAGGGAAAAGGGGUCGAGGCCGGUCCUGAUGUGUCGCUAUGAAGACUGACCAGUGUUUGGCGUUACACACUGCAGGCUGCCAGUGGAUGGAAUGGUAAGGUCAACUGACUCAGUGGUCCAAUGGUAGUCCAGCCUUUUUUUUUUAAGGAGCAGAUCUCCUCAAACUGACACGUUUGAAGAUAAUCACAAGAGCAAAACUUGUUUUUAUUUAUUUAUUUUUUUUUUGUAAAGAGUUUAGAAGCCCCAGCCCUUCAACCCCCCCAGAUCUGCCAUUUGAGACCUACUGAGUAGGAGUUCAUGACGGACAUCCCUCUGGAUAAGGCUUUGCACUUUUUUUUUUUUUUUUUUUUUUUUUUUUUUUUCAAGUUUGGAGUGGUUUAGCAGAACUUGAUGUUUUAGUUUCUUUGAGUUCUUAAACUGCAUCUUUUAUUAUGGACGAGACAUGAUAAUCUACGAUUAUCUGAGGUAGUGUUGAGGUGUGAUCACCCGCCGUUGAAGGUCGGGCAUUCCAGGAAUAUGGUUUGUUAACUACCUCAGUUUCGUGGACUGGCCUGCUCUGUCCCAUUUUGUACUUGAGGAAACUGAGGCAGGGUUCAACCCCCCACCCACCCACCCCAAAACAACCCACCCUCACCCCUUCCCUCCCCAUCCCUCCACCUCGGAGGUAUGCACAGGCAGCAGCAACAGAGCACUUAAAGAAUUAUAGUUCUCAUUUGAGAAUUGACGUAGGCUGCAACUACUUAAGGCAUGUUAGCUGGUCGUCUGAAACGAGCCUGAACAAGCCUCGCUGUCUAUGAAUGAACUGAGCAAUGAUGUAGUUGACGGACAGCAAUUGUUUUAUAACUUUAUUUUUUGGGAAAAUCUUAAAUGCCUGGAAACCACAGUCAUCAUUUGUCUUCCACGAUGGGACAACUGUCUUAAUUUUAGGUUUUUUUUGUACACAUCAGUGUAAGGAUGUCUCAGGCCUUCUGCUCCGUACAAACCUGUUUGUGCACAGCAUGAAAGGACCACUGACAUACCGUGACGCUGCCUUUGUUUAGGGUUUCUAAGCAGGUCUGGAAGAAAAUUAAUUUACUCUAAGUCCUGAAAAGAUUAAGAAUCCAACUAAAGAUGGCGUCACAAAGCAUGAUUAUACAUUUCACGUUGUAUGUCACUGUAGACUGAUUAUCAUGCCAUAUAUGUGGUUGUGACAAAUUUACCUGUAGAGUAAGCUGAUGUUAAUGUUCUUUCAUUGUCGGUGUGCAAAUCAACAUGUUGAAACUGUAAAGGAGCAAAUCCAUCUCUUAGCAUUGAAAUUUUAGAGGGAAAACAAGACUUAAGUGAUGUACUUAGCAUUUUUGCCAUGUUUUAUUUUAAUGGGGGUGUAAAAAUUUUACCUCUGAACUACAAAGUUGGCUGAAAAUUAAUAUAAAUCAACAAAAGGAAAUCAAGAGGCUAGCUCUACUUAUUAUCAAACAUGAAAUAUCAGGUCAACUCAAACCGUGUGACAAUUUUUCUGUGUUUUAAUUGCAUUUAACCCAUUAAAAAAAUAAGAAAAAAAGUCAUAAUUGAAUUGGUAAGUCUGGCAAUAUUCUGCAUUUUUAUCUGCAAACCCCAUGAAAAGACUAAAAACAACAAUGCAUCUCUGAACACUUAGACUCCUCCUCCCUCUGUAGCCCUCAGGAUCCAAGCACAUUGCAUAAAACUAUUUUCAAACACUUCAGUUUGUUGUGUCAUUUCCUAAAAAAUUACACAUUUUUCUAAAAUGACUUGACACAGUGUUUUUUUUUUUUUUCAAUCAAGCAGAAGCAACUAGUGCUUUUGUUGGGGACUAUUUUCAGUGGCAGAUUAAUCCAUGUGGUGCUAUAGUGGGAUUAAGUAAAAACAUUCUGCAGUGUGUGUUUUCAAGCACAUGAAGGAGCACGUCAGAGUAUUUAGUAGCAUGUUCAGCGUUGGUUUGAGUCCAAACAUGGGAUUUGAUAACAAAAAAAAUAUAGAAUAUAACCAGACUUUUUGGGCUUUGGUGUUACCUCAGUGUUGCUCAAUCUACAUGAGCAGGAAAAAGCAUGCAACCAUGAGAUUUUUAAUAUUCAAAGUACAAGUUCAUUACCGAUUUCCGAUGGGUUUGAAAGGCAUUCUGGGAAAUGUAGGAAACAACAGUAAAGCAGGUCACCAAGUCACCACUGUUAAAAUCCAUUGUACAUCACAGACUGUUUAAUAGCGGUGAUGUUGGAUUUCUCCUUGCAGCUCGUUUAAAAACAUGACAUUUAAACUCCAUUAGUGCGUUGUAGUCUUUCUGCCUUUUUGUGACAUUUGCCAUGAAACACGGUGUCUUGAAUCUUGACUCAUGUUUAGCAUUCUUCCAGUUCAGAGAGGAUUGUGCAGCUUAUUCUUCCUCUUUCUACCUGGUUUGUGAAAAAGAGCCAGAUUAGUUUUUUUUCAUACUAGCUUUGACUCUGUUGGAUCUCCAAUUUUAAGGGUCAAGAAUGUUUUUUUUUUUUUUUUUUGCUAACAAGUGUGUUUGCAGUCUUGCAAAUAAAAUGUUUUAUACUGUACAGUGAGGUGAGUUAAACCUAUUUUUCUAAUAAAGUUAUUGACUUUGA